AUGCGGUUCCUUCUCAACUCCGCAAAUGUUGUACCAAUGAACCAUGGCUCAAUGGAAAAGAACCAUGCAAUGAAAAAAGAAAGGCACAAAGAGCUUCUGGAUGAUGAUUUCGAUGAUUAUGACAACGACGAUUAUUAUGAAAGCUAUGUUGUGCCAAAGGCGUCAGUAGGUCACGGGGAUUUUCGGGCUAAAAGUAAGAGCCACAGUGCCCCGGAAGAUGGUCCCAAAUUAUCUCAGCAUAAUGACCAUUGGGAGAAGCAUGACUACACUCGCAAAAUCUUUGUUGGGGGUCUCCUGCUUACGUAG